UCUGGGAGUGCGGGAGACGCGGGUGAGAGUCGCUGAGGCUGAGGGAGGAGCGGAUCCGGGAGCCGAGGUGGGGAGGAUCCAGAAACACACGGUGUUGGCCGCAAUCCCGGAUCACAGCCUCCAAGUCCCGUGUUUGCAGCUCCGGGGCUUCUUCCCGGUGACAGAGCUGGGUUCAGGGGAAGAGGCUCCGGGGCGGGAGAUUCAGAAACUGCGGGGAGACCGCGGGCCGCCCGGGGGCUCAGAAACUGGGGGGACGGAUUCAGGGUCCGGGUAAGACCCACCCGGGAGGGUCCCCCCCUCCUGUGUCCCGUCCGACGGCAGCUGGGGUCCCGCCUGAGACCCUGAAUCAGAGACACAGGAGCUGGAGAACUGAACCCAGACAGAGGAGAGGGAGGGAGAAAACUGGGAGUGGAGGAAAGAAAUGAUGGAGAUGGUGAGAUGGGUUUGGAUUUCAGCCCAGGGAGGAGGGAGAGUGUGUGGGACGGGAAUUUACAGCUUUGGAGGAACAAGAGAGGAAAAAAUGUUCCAUAGAAACUAGAAUUGUCUGUUCUGAAUUUCAGUCCUGGAUUUAAAGUGAUGACUUUUGUAAACUCGUUUUACAGGGUAUUAAACGGAGAUGACUGGCAGACAGAAAACGCAAAGCAAACAUCACAUCAAGAUCUGUCAGAGGCAAUGAAUUAAUCAGGACCUGAAUAUCAUCAGCUUUUGAAUGGGGAAGGGGAACUGUUUGUCUAUUCUGUCUUUGGGAAAGGAUUUCAAACAUCGGUAUGACUGGAAAUGCCUCAACACACACACACACCCGAAUAAGAGUGUUCCAGUGAACUGACUUUGGAAAAAACUUUAAGCAGUUACACAGUCUGCAAAAAUAUCGCACCAUUCACAGUGGGGAGAAACUGUAAAUGUGUUGUGUGCGGACAAGGCUUCAACUAAUCGUCCAACCUGGAGAGAGACAAGGAUCCCCACUCCAUGGAGAAACCAUGGAAAUGUAUGGACUGUGGGAAGGGAUUCAAUUUCCCAUCCCAACUGGAAGUUCAUAGGCGCAGUCAUACUGGGGAGAGACCGUUCACCUGCUCCCUCUGUGGGAAGGGAUUCACCCAUUUGUACAACCUUUGCACACACCAGCAAGUUCACACUGAGGAGAGGCCAUUCACCUGCCCCGUGUGUGGGAAGGACUUCACUCGGUCAUCCCACAUUGAGACACACCAACUUGUUCACACUGAUAAGAGACCGUUUACAUGUUCUGACUGUGAGAAGAGUUUUAAAUGCAGAAAAGAUCUGCUGAUACAUCAACGUAUUCACACUGGGGAGAGGCCGUUCACCUGCUCCACGUGUGGGAAGGGAUUCAUUCAGUCAUCCCACCUUCUGACACAUCAACUUGUUCACUCUGACAACAAAUUUUUAAAUUGUUCUGAUUGUGACAAGAGCUUUAAAAGCAAAAAGGAUCUGCUAACUCAUCAAUAUACUCACACUGGAGAGAGGCCAUUCACCUGUACCAACUGUGGGAAGGGAUUCAGCCGUCCGUCUGCCCUCCUGAAUCACCAGCAACUUCACACAGGGGAUAGACCGUUCACCUGCUCUGACUGUGGGAAGGGAUUCACCCGUUCAUCUAACCUUCUGACACAUCAGCAGGUUCACACUGAGGAGAGACCAUUCACUUGCUCCAUGUGUGGGAAGGGAUUCACUCGGUCAUCCAACCUAUUGAAUCACCAGUGAGUACACACUGGAGAGAGGCCAUUCACCUGCUCCAUGUGUGGGAAGGGAUUCACUCAGUUAUCCAACCUGCUGACACACCAGAGCAUUCACAGUGGGGAGAAGCCAUUUACCUGCUCUGUGUGUGGGAAGAGAUUUUCUCAUUCAUCCUAUCUGCUGAAACACCAGCGAGUUCACAGUGGGGAGAGGCCGUUCACCUGUAAUGCCUGCUGAAAGGCAUUCACUCAAUCAUCACACCUGCGAACACACCAGUGGGUUCACAAGCGACUGCAAGGUUUGGAUUCUACCCCUGUUGAUGCUGUUAAUCAUACCAGGACUGAACCAUGUUCAUUCUGACUGUCCUGACCUGUUGAUGAGGUUCAAUAUUCUGAAUAAAUGUGAAGUAAAUCAGCUUUGUUUGUAGACUUUUGUUUUUCCCCACCUGAGUGUUUAACAUCGCCUGGCUGGAGUCAGAAAGGACAAUCUGGGGGAGGAUCUUACAGUAGGAACAAAACUUCAGCCUGGACACAGUCCAUUAGAUUCACACUGAGGGACCCCCAAACAACACUUUGGUCUUUCUCAUCUUUCUUCACUGACGGUACAACCCCAAUGUGGGUGAUUCCUGAGGUGUGUAAGAAAUGUGUCUCAGCUGCUCUCUUCCAUGGUUCAGAGCUCCUAGACGCAGAACAGAAGGCUCUUUUACAACUGGGUUUAGAGUCAGGAA